AUGAAAAUCUGUACACAAAAUGAGCUGACUUAUACGCCUACUAGUGCUGAGUGUAGCGUCGCGGCUCCAUUUAAUAGCUUUUUCCGAACCAAGUUUCUACCAGGAUUUGGUUUACUUCAAGAUGGUGGGGUGCGGGCUAACAAUCCCCUUGCUAUUGCCUUGAAGGAGUCAAACAAGAUUUGGCCUAGCGCGAAAAAGAAUGAUCUGCUUCUUUCAAUAGGGACUGGUGUCUCAACAUCCGGCUGCUACUCUGUUCCUGACGCUUCAAACGUCUUUUGUGAUGGCUCUAUUCCCAGACUUAUUCGAGCUACUUUGUCCUCUCCCUGUAUGGAUGGAGAGCAGGGAUUCGUUGAAGCCCUCAAUUAUCUUCCAAGUGAUACCAAGUCUGACAUAUUUAGACUUAAUCAGGUGAUCGAUGGCCCACUUCCCCGCCUGGACGAUGUGGAGAAAAUUAGUAGCAUGUUAGACCUAAGCUACAGUGUUCCAGAUCACUUGAUAAGAACGAUUCUGGCUUCGGCCUUUUUCUUUUUCGAGCUAGAUGAUGAGCCUGUGAAGAGACAUGACGAUUUUCUUUGUCAAGGAUCCAUACUUUGUUCGCGCGGAGAUACUAAUAUCAUUCUGAAACAAAUUUUCUUGGAAAUGCCAAACGCUCAUUUCCAAACGGCUCGAGGUCAAAACCUUGGUGGGAUUCAUGGGAAUGACGGUUGCUCGUUAUGUGGCUACUAUCGAAAAACAGUGAGAUUCAGUGUCACAAAUGUUGACGAGAUGACAUCUAUCGAGAUUGCCAACACCCGAUUUUCCCAUAAGAUUGGCGGAUUCCCAAAGUCUGCACAGGAGCUGCUCACUGAGCAGCAAUCCUACGCACAUUUUGGUCGUGCGGAUCACAAGGUGGCUCAAUGGCCGCCUAGCAGAGUUUGCUAUUGUUCUCGGGCGACUAAGCGACGUAUUCAGUUUUUGGAACCCUCUCUAGAUCAAAAGCGGCGCAAAGUGUGA